UCUGGCCAUCGUCCCGUAACCUCCUGUACCCACUGUAGACAACACAAAAUAAAAUGUAAUGCCUCUGAAAAAUACCCUGCUCCUUGCCAGAGAUGUGAAAGAAUGGGUCUUCACUGUGAAAUUGAUCCUCAGUUCAGACCAAGAAAGGGCUCUCAAAUGCAGACUUUAAGAAACGAAGUCGAUGAACUAAAAGCAAAAAUAGAAUUCCUACAAAGAAAUGAGUCGAUAAUCGCUCAGGUCCUAUCAAACAAAUCCUCCUCUACAAAUACUAACAACACCACCACAACAUCAAAUAAUAUUCCCACAGAUAAUACUAAUAAUAAUAAUAACAACAAUAACAAUAACAAUAACAAUAACAAUUACAAUAAUAAUAUUCAUAACAAUAUUCAAUCAAACCCAAUCAAACUCAAUCACAAUAAUACCUCUCUACUACCCUCUCCAACAUGCAAUCCUAGCCAAACAACCAACGAUUCAAGCCCCAAUACUCCUAUCAACAUCAUUUCCGAUUCUGCAUCAAACAAUAUCUCCAAUAACGACUCCUCCAAUGAUGCCUCCAAUAAUAAUGAAAACAAUUCCAAAAUAAAAAUUGAAAACUCUCCUCCUCCAAUAAUAACUGCACCUCCAACUGAAUUUAACCUUGGUGAUGUUAGAAUUCCCCUAGAAAAAGCAAACGAAUUACACUCAAGAUUUGUUAAUCACUACUUGCCUUUCUUCCCAAUUUUACACACAAAUAAUGCAAUCGAAUUAUAUACUCAAUCACAAUUGUUAUUUUGGACCGUAUGUUUAACCGCCUGCCUAUCUGAUCCAGAACCAACUCUAUACAAUAAAUUGGCAUCUUUAAUUAAACAAUUGGCAAUAGAAACUUGCUGGAUUAGAACUCCCAGAUCAACUCACAUUGUUCAGGCCUUAUUAAUACUAAGUUGUUGGCCACUACCAAAUCAAAAAGUCCUUGAUGACUGUUCAUAUAGAUUUGUUGGUUUAGGCAGAAACUUGGCUUUCCAGUUAGGUUUACAUAGGGGUAAAUUUAUUUCAGAGUUUUCAAGAACACAAGUUGCUCUACCAAAUGCUGUUAAAUGGAGAACAAUGACUUGGUUAGGUGUUUUUUUUCAUGAACAAUUUUGGGCCUCGGUUUUAGGUUUACCUGCUUCAUUACAAACUGAUUUCUUAAUUGAAAAUGCUAGGUUAGAUUAUUCUUUACCCAAAAAUUUUAGAUGUUUAAUAUGCUUGGCCAUAUUUCAAGCUAAAUUGGCUAAUGUUAUGGGCUCUUCUGUAACAAGUCCCGAUGGUUUAAUGGAAGGUCCAAAUAGAGCUGGCGCUUUAAACAUUUUACAAAGAGAAUUAGAAAGAUUGAUUUUUAAAUUAAAAAUUGAUGAUCCAAUAUCUGAAAUAUACCACUUGUAUGUCAAAUUAAUGAUUUGCUGUUUUGCAUUUUUACCCGAGACUCCAACCGAAGACCAAACAAAAUACGUCACAAUGGCCUAUUUAUCGGCUACAAGAAUUAUAACUACUUUUUCUAAAUUGGUCGAAAAUAAGCAAUUAAGCGAAUACCCAAUAUAUGUCAGACAUGCUGUUACCUAUUCUGCUUUCAUGUUAUUUAGGUUACAUUUAACACCAUUAUUGCUUGACAAAUAUAUUGACUCAGCGAGACAAAGUAUUGUCACAGUUCACAGAUUAUUUAGAAAUAUGUUGGCAGCAUGGAAAGAUGUUAACAAUGAUAUAUCAAGAACUGCAAAAGUUUUGGAAAAUCUAAAUUAUGUUAUAAUUACUCAACCUGAAAUCUUCCUUGAAGGUGAAGGAAUCAUAGUUAAAAUGAGAUCUCAUUUAACAAAUUCGUUAUUUUAUGAUUUAGUUUGGUGUGUCCAUGAAGGUAAGAGAAGAGCGAUAGCUACAUCUGAAAAAAGCCAUAAGGAUUCACAUUAUAAAAUUAAUGCAAUAAUGCCAAAUGGUCAAAAAAGACCUAUACCUUUGCCAUUUUAUAAUCAAAUCACCAAAGAUAAUUUUAAAACCAUCACCACAACAACGCCAGGAGGUACAACAGUCACAACUUUAGUGCCAACUCAAUCAGCAAUAUCCAAUGCCAAAGCUAGUGCAACUGCUGCUGGAUUAUCUGGACCAACUGAAAUUAAUGGUAUACCAUUGAUAUUGUUAGAAGCUACUGGUAGUGUUGAAAAGGUUAAACAUCAUCAUGAAGGUUCUAUACCAACAAUUCCUCCAAAUAACAGUCCAGUUUUAAGCGCACAAGCAAUGAAUCAUAAUGGCAGUUUAAAUAAUAUGAACAGUAUAAAGAAUAGCACACCAAACUCUGUUGGUAAUGGAAUGAAUAUAAUGACACCACAUCAUAACCAAUAUCAACAACAAAUGCAACAGCUGCAACUGCAACAGAUAAUUGGCGGUAACAAUAAUAACAACAACAUAGAAACAGAUUUUCAAUUUGAUAAUUUUUUUCAAAAUCAAAACUUCGAUUGGAUGGAAGGAACAGAUGAUUUUUUAGGAUGGCUAGAUAUGAACAUGAAACCCGAA